AGCGAGACCGGAAAGGAAGCUGGAAAAAUGUAAUCCACAGCUCUGCUCCCCGACAGCCUGCGCGGCUCUCCCAGCCCUUAGCUUCCUCUUUGCCACUCUGCGUUCGGCAAACUUUGGAGUUGUCCUGCACUUGCGUCACGGAAAAGGCAGGCGGGUGAUCGAGUCCAGGAGGCGAAGCCCGGCGGCGGCUGGCGAGCUCCCUCGCGCGGUGCUCCAACCCGGGAGAGAGGUGGCUCUCGACACCGGCUACUCCGCUGCUGAAAGCUUGCAGCUCCCGACUCCAGAGUCCACUUCCCGGAUCCCCGCCACUCGGACAGAACCUGAGGGAGGGAGGGCGCCCGUCAGAAGGAAAGAGGACGGAAAGCCCGCGGUGGCAUCCUGACCUCGGAGGGCGGAGCCGCGCGAUCCUUGCUCCGCCAGGACGCGCGGAAGUGCUGUGGAGUUUGCUCAAUUCCCUAGCCUGCUUCCCUCCCUCUUACCUCCCUCCCGCUCUCCCCACCCUUCACCUCCCCUUACUGCUUUCCCCUCCUUCCUCGGGACGCCACCUCCUGGACUCCUUUUCCUUUUUUUUCUUUUUUUAAUUUUUGUUUUGUUUUGGACCUGACUUCCCGCAGGCAGCGCUGAGGGGCUGCAAGUGCGAGGUGAGGAAGCUGGAGGCUGCGGCUCAGCUUAUCCUUCUCGGGCGGCAGUCACAGGGCGUCGCGGAGAACGAACUGCGGGACAGACGAACAGCCGGCCGGGCCAUCUAUUCGAUGGAACUUCAUCUACCAACUUCUGUUGAGUGUUUGCUGGCACGACAGUGGUGGGGGUGGUGAUGGUGGAGGUUUCCAUUAGUGUUACUUCUGGACAGACUCCGAUUGGGGUCAGUUUAGUACUCCGAAACUGCUGAGGAAUUAGGCAAACAAAAGAGAGAGAGAGAGAGAGAGAGAGAGAGAGAGAGAGAGAGAGAGAGAGAGAGAGAGAGAGAGAGAGAGAGAGAGAGAGAGAGAGAGAGAGAGAGAGAGAGAGAGAGAGAUCUGAGCGAGUUGUCGCGCCCCUUGUUCUCUGGGGGUAGGGGCUAGCCAGGGCGGGAAGAGGGCACCAGAGCGGGCGAGGCGGGGUCGCGCCCCCUAGGUCGUGUAGUUACCCGCCGGUUGUGCAAGCUUUGGCCGUUGUUUUCCCGGCCUGGCUCGUUUGGAGGCUGGACACAUCCAUCCUUGGAACUGGUUCAGGACUCUGCUGUUAUUCUUCUUGCCCCUCUUGGAUUUUCUGGAUUCUUGAAGACGCGGUGGCGCGGGAGGAGAGAGGAAGGAGGAAGGAACAGAUCUUCAGAGGAAUGUGAGAGCCUCCCAAAGCCGGAGCAGCCAGAAGGAGCUGGGAGCUGGAGAGGCAGAACCUUGUUUGCGUUCCUGGGACCGUGGUCCGCGGCUGAUUUUUUUUGUUGUUGUUGUCGUUGUACAACAUUGUUCUAGUGCAAAGUGUCUGCCGCAUUCUUAUUCUAGCAGAGCUAGUUUCUCCAGGCCAUUUGACUUUUCUACUUGGUGUGAGAAGAGGGAGAGACUCCCCCCAUCUCAGGGGCUGCUAGGGAAGAGAUAAACGGCUGUGGCCAUGUCCAACACCUCCCUGCUUACAGGUAGAUAGGCCAGGGCUGGAUAAGGCGGUUUAUGGACUAUGGACAUUUCUUUGAAGAGAAGGCAGCUAGACAGCAUCUUGUGCAUGCUGAGACCCUGCCUGAGGGUCUGAGUAAGGUGUAUUAGACUGAGCUGCAAGUACAUUUUUGGACACCCUGCUGAGCAUCUUGAGUCUGGGCAAGGCAUUUUCCUUCCAAUCUUGACCUGUCCAGUAGCCUAGCCAUGGCACUGAAAGGCCGAGCCCUCUAUGAUUUCCACAGUGAAGACAAGGAGGAAAUCAGUAUCCAGCAGAAUGAAGACCUGGUUAUCUUCAGUGAGACCUCACUAGGUGGCUGGCUGCAGGGGCAGAACAGCCGUGGGGAGAGAGGGUUCUUCCCUGCUUCUUACGUUGAGAUUGUCCGUCCUGGCAUCAGCACCAACCAUGUGGACUAUGCCAGCAGCUCUGCAGUCUCCUUGGACACCGAAGUGAGUUUGUAUACCAACCCUAGUAUGACCAACACAGUCAAGAGUGAUGGGUGCAGUGACGCCCUCCCAAAUCAACAAGGAAACUUUGAAGAGGAUGAUGAUGAUGACUGGGAUGACUGGGAUGAUGGAUGCACAGUGGUAGACGAGCCAAGGGCUGGUGGUCUAGGUACCAAUGGGCACCCUCCACUUAACCUUUCCUACCCGGGUGCCUACCCCAGCCAGCAUAUGGCUUUCCGACCGAAGGCACCCUUGGAAAGGCAGGACAGUCUGGCAUCUUCCAAGCGGGGCAGUGUGGUGGGACGCAACCUCAAUCGUUUCUCGUGUUUUGUGCGCUCCGGAGUAGAGGCUUUUAUUCUUGGUGAUGUGCCCAUGAUGGCCAAGAUUGUUGAGACAUACUCCAUUGUGAUGGGCCCUCGUGGCCCUCAGUGGAAGGCCAACCCGCACCCAUUUGCCUGCUCCAUAGAGGAGCCCACCAAACAGACCAAGUUCAAAGGCAUCAAAACUUACAUCUCCUAUAAGCUCACACCCACCCAUGCUGGCUCACCUGUUUACCGGCGCUACAAACACUUCGAUUGGCUCUACAACCGCCUUCUACACAAGUUCACUGUAAUCUCUGUGCCCCACUUGCCCGAGAAGCAGGCCACUGGGCGCUUUGAGGAGGACUUCAUUGAGAAGCGCAAGCGGAGACUCAUCCUCUGGAUGGACCACAUGACCAGCCACCCUGUGCUCUCUCAGUAUGAGGGCUUCCAGCAUUUCCUCAGCUGUCUAGAUGACAAGCAGUGGAAGAUGGGUAAACGUCGGGCAGAGAGGGAUGAGAUGGUGGGGGCCAGCUUUCUGCUCACCUUCCAGAUCCCCACAGAGCACCAGGAUCUGCAAGACGUAGAGGACCGGGUGGAUACAUUCAAGACUUUCAGUAGGAAGAUGGACGAAUGCGUCCUACAACUUAGCACCGUGGCAUCGGAGAUGGUGCGGAAGCACAUGGGAGGCUUCCGCAAGGAAUUCCAGAAGCUGGGGAAUGCCUUCCAGGCCAUUAGCCAUGCCUUCCAGAUGGAUCCCCCCUUUAGCUCUGAGGCCCUCAACAAUGCCAUUUCUCACACCGGCCGGACCUAUGAAACUGUUGGUGAGAUGUUUGCUGAACAGCCCAGGAAUGACCUCUUCCAAAUGCUUGACACACUGUCUCUCUACCAGGGCCUGCUCUCCAACUUUCCUGACAUUAUUCAUCUGCAAAAAGGUGCCUUUGCCAAGGUGAAGGAAAGCCAGCGCAUGAGUGAUGAGGGCCGCAUGGCUCAGGAAGAGGCAGAUGGCAUUCGCAGGCGCUGCCGUGUGGUAGGCUUCGCCCUGCAGGCCGAGAUGAACCACUUCCACCAGCGCCGUGAACUUGACUUCAAGCAUAUGAUGCAAAGCUACCUGCGCCAGCAGAUCCUUUUCUACCAGCGGGUGGGCCAGCAGCUGGAGAAGACGCUGCGCAUGUAUGACCAUCUCUGACCCUUCUGGCCAUGUAUGUAGGUCCUCUUCCCACCAGGACCUGCCACUGCGGUCCACCCCACUCCAGGCUUCCCUGCCCCUAGCAGUGGGUGCUCAGGAGUGGGUGAGGAAUGGCCUGUUAAAGAGAAGGGAUUUUUGAGAAGUCCUGGUACCCCUGGAGAAGUCUUCCCUCACUUUAAGAUGGGUGAAUGGAGGUGGGAGUCCUCUGAGCCAAAGUCUGGGCUGCUGGUCAGUCCCUGGAGAGCAGACUUCCCUGGAACCUAUAGUGCAUGCUCACCUGGCCACCACACCCUGUUCAUUCCCUGGGCUCCACGGGCUGCUGUGACCAUGGCUGAGACAUUGGUGACCAAGGCUGGAACAUUCCUGUCCUGGAGGAGCCACUUUUCAGGAUGGAUAUCAGACAAUGCUGUGUGACAGUGCCACUUAAGGAUUCACGGAAACUCCUUGAAGGGACCACAGAACUCUGCUGGUCAGGGGACAGUCCAUGGAAUAGGUGACAUACCAGAAAUCUCUUGAAGAAUUACAAGGACCUACAAGACAGUAAAUGGGGUGAAGGAAAUUUUGGGGAGAGGACUGAUGUUGAAUCUCUUCUUCCUUACCUUUCCCAUGGGUUGUGAUCUGCAUGACAGAGGGAGGGAUCAUCCUUGCUCUUUGGUCCCUGGCUUUCCCUGCCCCAUCCAUGCUUCUGCAGGAGGGUCUGCAAGCCAACUCCCUCCUAUAAGUCUUAAACUCCCCUCAUCCUGGUUGGGGAACCCCUCUCACUGAUUAGGGCACUGUGCAGCAACUUUCUCUUUUCUGGGCUCAAGAUGCUCAAGCCACAGAGCACUGAUCCUUGGUGGUGCCUUCCUGGAGGGAACUCUCAAAGUUACUAGCAGUAAUUCCCCAUUCUCCUAGCAGGUCCCGGUGCCCAGUUCCCAGGGGCCUUUGCUUCUGUAGGCUGGUCUUCUUAAAUCCUUCUCAUUGCACAGUGGAAAAUCUGAGAGAAAGAAUCUGGGGACUUUGACUCCCUGCUCCUGGGCAGGCUCACCUAUGUUUACAUCCUCCAGGAGAUAUACUACCCCUUUCCCCCUAGGCCAGGAUGUGACCCUGUGCCCCCCUGCCUUCCUGGGAAGUCAUGAUCUGCUCCUGGGUCCUGCUGCUUGUCUCUCUUUUCUUGAUAAACGUUUUACAGUUACUGUAACGGAA